GUCACCGGACCACGUGUGGCGGCGGAUGUAAACAUUUCUCUCUGACGGACAACCUCCGAGUUAUGUUACGUUUACGUUUGUUAAGUUUUCUUUAGUGAGUGGACAGGUCGAGUUCAGGAGGAGGAGCUCAAAAGUGUUAAAAAAGAAGUCACGCUCAGAUCAAAAUGUCCUCCACUGCCCCGUCUAUCCUCCUAAACACAGGGGUUCAGAUGCCCCUUCUGGGUUUGGGCACCUACAAGUUGUUGUCUCCUGAAGAUGUCUACCUGGCUGUGGAUGCAGCGCUGGCUGCUGGUUAUCGGGCCUUUGACAGUGCAGCUGUCUACCGGAAUGAAGCUGACUUGGGCCGUGCCCUGAAGGAGCUCCUGCCCAAACAUGGUUUAACGAGAGAGGAUGUAUUUAUAACCAGUAAGCUGGGCCCCAAGAAUCAGGGUGAGAGGGCCAUGGAAGGAGCCCUGCACAGCCUGUCUCAGCUGGACUUGGGUUACAUUGACCUCUACCUGAUCCACUGGCCUGGCACGCAGGGUCUGGUAGUGACUGACCAACGCAACCCAGGCAACCGAGCUCAGAGUUGGGCCACAUUGGAGGAGCUGCAUGCCCAGGGGAAGCUAAAGGCCAUAGGAGUGUCCAACUACACACCAGCACACAUGAGAGAACUGCUGCAGAGCUGCAAAACCCCUCCUGCAUUGCUACAGGUAGAGUUUCACCCACGACUGUGCCAAACAGAGCUGAGGAGUGUGUGUGAUGAAUAUGGAGUGUGUUUCCAAGCCUACUCUUCCUUGGGGAAAGGAGACCUGGUCACCAACCCUGUGGUCAUGGAGGUGGCAAAGAAUUGUGAACGCACACCUGCACAGGUCCUGUUGCGCUGGGCUGUGCAGCAGGGCGUCCCAGUGAUCCCCAAGUCGUCAAAUCCAGACAGAAUAAAGGACAAUGCCAAGAUUUUUGACUUCACACUGAGUGACACAGACAUGGGCAGACUGUCAGCUUUGGACUGUGAGCACAAGUACUGCUGGGAUUCAUCAGAAGUGGUUUGAUAGACCAUUAGUGGAACAAACACUAUUUUCCAUGUGACUGACUGUAACCACACUAUGAAACCACCACCAGAGGAAGGAACUAAUUGUUUAGACACAACUAGAUGAAGUUUAUUCUGGGUUGUCAGUGGAUUUAACAUAAUGAAUACUAUAUCUAAGAGGUAAAGUAACAUUCUGGCCAAUCUGUUGCGCCAUUGUCAGAUCAUUUUCCUACUGACAAACAUUUGUUCUGUUUACUGAUCUGCCAACAUGCCAUCAUAAAAUCAUGCUCUCACCAAAUUGAA